GUUUGCCUGAAGGAUACCCAAAAUAUUCAAGCUUUUCCAGUCCACAGCACUCCUGAUGGGCCUUUCACAUUAUAAACGGCCGAGCCGCAUCCUGUCUGGCACAAUUGUCUUUCACCAGAUCCCCAACUCCCCUCCCAUGCGCUUGCCUACUAUCUUCACCAGAACAGACCUAGUGGGGAUCAUGAAUCACGUUAUUUCCAACCACUCACCCCUUCCUGAUGACCUACCCGAUGACCCAACAAACUUCAUUGAUGUCAUAUUACUCCCCAGGCUCGCCAAAGCCAACAACACACACAGUCGUCACUUCACAAUCCAUGCGGAGAUUGCGCUUGCACUACAUCUCCAGCAAUGCGGAUUGGCGUCAUCCACUUACCCGUUUUUGGGGCUGUCCAAAUUAUCUUGUACUGCAUGCAUUGAGCUGAUGUCACUCAUCAACAACAACUCUCAGUUUCAGUCUCCCAUCUGGCUAACAUCUGGCACUCACUCCAAGAUAUACCGGUCAUGGGUUUAUCCUGAUUACAUUUCUGACCCUGGAAUCAAACUCAUGCUAGCCCAUCGACUUCGGACAUUGCUCUUCGAAGAAUUUGUUGAUUUUGUUCGCAGACAAAUGGCCCGGCGGUCGUCUGAUAGCAUCGAGUCACAAGGCAUAACAAUCCAUCAAGAAAACGAAGAGGACUUGAAGGACUUCGAGGACUUCGAGGCCGAGCAUAAACAGCACGUGGCGGGGGUGAUUAGAGAAAACUACGAGUAG